AUGUCAGCCGGACAAAGAAAGCCCGAGCCUCUGCGCCGCAUCAUAACAGCCCAUGAUGCUACAAGCGGCCGAGCAAUCUUUAGUGACGCUGUUGGGGAGCAAGUGUCAUUUACUGGGUUCCCAGUCCCCCCGGGCAAACCCACAACGUCAGACUAUGCUCUGGCCUUCAAUACCAAUACAUUUCCUGUGCAAGGGCUUUCCCCUCCAAGUUCCGCAAUUCCAGAGUCCAAAGCCAAUCUCGACAUUAAGCAAUAUCACGCCCAGCUCUCCGAUCCAUCGCCUUUGAAUCCGCCAAACGGCACGUCCUGCACAAUUAUUGAGGUACCUCCAGGUGCAGAUGUACCGAUGCACCGAACAGCGACCCUCGACUAUGGUGUCGUAGUUGAUGGCACUACAGAGUUAGUCCUUGAUUCCGGUGAGAAAAGGACACUGAAAAAGGGUGAUGUAUUUGUUCAACGCGGGACAGCUCAUGCUUGGAGGAAUCUCACUGAAAAGAAUGACAAUUCUGGUGUUUUACGUGUCUUUUUCGUGUUUCAACCUAUUGAAAAGGUGCGAUUGGAAGGCGGAAAGGUCGUCGAUCAGGACUUGACUCUGUCCCUGCGUGAGGGUUAA